GGAAGUGAGCGGGAAGAGCCCUGGAAAAAGGGGUCGCGGUGGGGAAGUGCGGAGGGUGACUAACAGGGGGGAGAGGUUAAAUUAUUACAAAUGACUGAACAGAGCACAACUUUUGGGAGACCUGUCACCCCAUGAAGAAAAUUGUCAGAGACAGUAUCUACACCGCAGUUAACUCUGUGUCCUUCAGAAGCUGAAAAAUCUCCUGAAAAGCAAUGGAUUCCAAGUAUGAGAGCUGUCUGUCUGUAUUCUCCACACUGGGGAGUCCAUUUUUGGAGACGUCAAAUUUACGGAGCUAUUAUCACCCCUCCCAGGCACAAGCACUGUCGCCGGAGCAGCGAAACACGGUUCUGAGCCCGUCUCGUUUGCAGCACAGGAAUUGCCCCACGUCUCCUGAAAAGGCAGAACCAUCCAGCCCUCCACAUCCAGGUUUCCUGCCUAACUCCAGCUACCAAGAGGCAAAACCCGCUAAAUCAGACUCUACAAGCCCAUUCAAUGAGUCAUGGCCCUCGACGGAGCGCAGUUCAUCCGCCCUUACUCCUGAGGGAGCAGUCAGUUUUCCCUCAGAGCAGGCAUUGGGGAUCAGGUCAUUGCCCUCACCAAAGCCCCUGGACUCAGUCUCAGACAGUGAAUCAGUUAUUGCCAGGUAUAUCGAGCGCUUCCGUUAUGGACAGCCCACCAACCGUAGAGACCGCGGGGCAAACAGUGAUACCUCCGCUCACUUCUGGUGGCUUGACCACUCAUCUAUUCCUGGAGGCAACAUUUCCAAGAAGGAGGCAUCAUCAUCGUCAGACAGUAGCCAGAAUAAAGUGAGAGUGGCUUUCUCCAGCCCUACACAAGAUCAGUCUCCUUUGGGAAGCCCGCAGGAUGCUUCUGCAGUGGACCCCGAGACUGUGAGCCUGCAGGAGAGAGCAGCCAGACUCUUGCAGAGAAGGUAUUCUUCUACAUACAACAUGUCCCCCUCAAGCAACUCCAGACCUGUGAGCUCUGAAGGACUUGGGUUCACUCCCACGCCCACCAGCACAGAUGCCGAAGCAGAUUGGGCAAGGUGUACCCCGCAGGACAUUACAGCAAGCCAACACAAAGGUGGUCUGACUAGUCUCCCUCCCCAUAGAACUCAAAGGUCCCAGGCCUAUUCUUCUUUCAAACCAGAGGACGACAUCCUAUUCCAGUGGCGCCUGCGGCGGAAGAUGGAGGAAGCAAGUAAAGCUGUCACCAUGAUGCCCUCACUAGCCUGGAGGAGUCAGAACAACCAAAUAAGCUUGGCUUCUGGCAUGGUUGAAAGAGCAGUGCUGAAAUCACCGGAACUCACUAGUUGCAGGAGUGAAAGUGGCAACGUUUUGCCAAUAUCUGAAGCCCAACGAGGUAUGAAAUCUACUCUUGAUGAAAGCCAGCCCUGCUGCUGUGCUGGCCCUGUGAGAAAGGGGCUCAGCUCACAACAGGUCAGAGAAACUGCUGUCUUCGGGAGUAGGACAGUAAUGGUUGGAAGUCUUGAACCCAUUGAAAAGCAAAGACUCAAAGAAUCAACUCCCCAGCAGGAUUCUGUCCCUGCAUUCCCAAAUUGUUGUCAUAUACCGAGGCCUGCACCCAACAGAGAGCAAGAAGGGAAGAAAACAAUCCCACAAGAAGAGUGUGGCUCAGCAGUUCCAGUCUCUCCUCUGUCACCAGGGUUUAAAGGACCCAACAAGCCCCCGAGCCAGAGCAUGCUGUGCCAUGCUCAGCAAAUAAUUCCAUCUGAUGAAAGAGCUAACGUUGAACCAAGAGGCCAUACAAAUCCAAACAGAACCAAGCAGAACUGGAGGCCAUACAAAUCCAAACAGAACCCAGCAAAACCUGUCAGAGAUACCAGAGAGCCACCACUCAGCCCAGCAAAACAUUCUGUCCAGUGCGUCUUGGAAGAGGUGGUUUCUGAAAGGCUUUUCUCCCCACCUGAAUCUCCAGUUCUUGAGAGACAAAAACCAAAAAGGAGUUCAGAAAACUGGGACCCAGAGCAGGCUGUGCCAAACCCCGUUGCAACUCCUUCACACCCUCAGCUCCUGGAUAUGGCUGUGCAGUUAUUGGAACAGGCUGAAGAUUCUGAUGGCACAGAGUUCGAGGAUGAUCCCCUGUUGCAGGUGCUGAGAUGCCAGAGAGAAGUGCUACGCAACCAGAUGAGAGCUGUGGAUGUCCGGAUGGGUCAACUAGAAGUUUAUAAUUCUGAUCAGAACUUCUCUUGUCGAUGACAGACUCCUCCGAGUGAUUUUCUGCAUCUGGAGUGCUUUGAGGGUCCAUUUGUCCUGCUCUGAGAUUAUGGCAGUAGACUGAGCAGAAUCAGGAUUAAUGUUCGGGACUAAAUCUGUCAUACUCAUCCAGCCAGCAGGACCUCUGGUCCUGCUGGCUGGGAUUCCAGAAUUAAACUUUAAAAAAGUAGGUUUUUUUAUUUUUGGGACUGAGCUUUGUACUGUAUCUUUUGGAUUCCUCAAAUAUAACUUCAACCAAAUGACCUUUUUAUUAUUAACACUCUCCUGGUUUGGUUGUGCUGCAUUCACCUCCUAAGGUAGCAUAUUGAUGGAAUCCAACUGAGAAUUUAAUGUGACCAAGCAUUGACAUGUAGGGUUGCCUCUGGUGCAUAGACAGUGCUCUGUUCCCAUGGAUUCAUUCUGUAUUUUUUGUAUUGUGUUUAAACCUAAAAGUGUCUUUUCGGACUAAAGUGAAUUGUAUUGCUUUAUAAUACAGCAGCAUCACUUGAAGUGGUGGUGAAUGUCAUCUGCAGCCUUUUGAUUUAGGAAAGAGGCGAUGAGCAAUGCUCAGGGUCCCAAGACAGAGAAAAUGUGUUUUAUGUGUAUUUAAGCCACCUGUGGAUUGGAACUUUGAUAAAUCUCAGCCAUAAAUAAACUAUUGUACACGUUAUUGAA